AACCGAGCACGAGCAGUUUACGAGCUUUGAGCUUUUUUUGAUAGCACCACACCCAGCCCAACGAAGUCUGGUCGAGGCGAACAGUAGUAGCAGUGGAGGCUGUGGAGCACGAGUCCACCAUUAGUCCUGCCCACGACUCCGCGGCUGCUUCGGCUUAACCGCACCCGCGCCGCACGGACACGCCCACGCCCUCACUCUCGCCUUGGAUCCGCACGGGAACACAGCUGCACGCAUCUCGCUCUCGCCUUCGCCUCGUACCAUCCGACGCGGCCGCGGCCCCGGCCCGCCGCGCUGGGGGGCGAUGCCGUCCGCGGCGAUCGCGGCGUGCUUCCGGUGCGCGCCGGCGGCUGCGUCCGGAGCAGCCGGUGCGGCAGCGGCGGGGCCCAGCCUGGCGACAUCCGUCUACGAGACCCACCUCGGCCUCGCCGCGCUCUCCUGGACGCGCACGUCGCUCGGCCUCUCCCUCCGCGCCGUGCUCCGGCUGUCGUCGCCGGCCACGCCGGCGUCGUCCUCCGCUGAUUUCGAUCAGGAUUUCGAAGAAGAGGAGACCCUGGCCUUCCGCGUCCGCCCCUGGCUCCUCUGGCGGCGGCGCGGGUCUAGGCGGUUCCGCGCCGCGGGGGACCGCCGCGUCGACCUGGCGUGGGACCUCACGCGCGCGCGCUUCCCGGGGUCCGGCUCGCCCGAGCCCUCAUCCGGGUUCUUCGUCGCCGUCGUCGUCGACGGCGAGAUGGUCCUCGCCGCCGGGGAUUUGCCCGACGCGGCCUACCGCAAGACGCGGGCGAGGCGCCCGGCUGGGCCGCGCCCCGUGCUGCUCUCCCGGCGCGAGCACGUGGCCAUGCGCGACACCGGCCGCUGCCGCGGCCACCGGAGCUGGGUGACAGUCCGGGGCAAGGAGCGGGAGAUCUCCGUGGAUCUCGUGGCCCGCGGCCGGGGCAGGGACAGGAGCAGCAGGGAUAAGGACAGGGCGGACGUCGGGUUGUCUGUCUCCAUCGACGGGGAGCGCGUGCUUCACGUCCGCCGGUUGCGCUGGAAGUUCCGGGGCAGCGAGCGGGUCGACCUCGGCGGCGGCGACCGGGUCCAGCUCUCCUGGGACCUCCACAACUGGCUCUUCCCCCAGCGCGAGCCGCCUCCCGCGGACGCCGCAGCGCAUGCGAACGCGAACGCGGUGUUCGUCUUCCGGUUCGAGCUCGGCGGCGUCGGCGAGGAGCACGAGGGGUCAGAGAACGCCAAGGCUCUCUCCGACAAGGCCCCGAGAAGAGACGCCGCCGGCAUUUUGCGAGGCUACUUCGCGCGGUGGGGGCAAAAGGACUGGAGCGAGACCGGCAGCAACGGGGAGAAGAGGAAGAAAGGGAGAGGCCGGCGUCUGGCCAAGGCGAGCUCCUCCUCGUCGGCGUCCGUGGCCUCGUCGACGGCGUCGUGGGCCAGCGGCUCGACCGUGAUGGACUGGGCAAGCCCCGAGGAGGCCGAGAUGCAGCACGGCGACGGCUUCUCUCUCCUGAUCUACGCGUGGAAGUCCUAGCGGCGCCGGCGCCGGCGCCGGCGACAUUGUUCCGGUUGGUAAAACCAUUCAGCAUUCUUCUCUCCCGAAUUGCUGCAAUUCGCAGCGUUCUUGUGCAAUUUGAGCCUCGAUGGAUCAAAUUGAUCUUGGAUUACAGUAGUAGCAAGAUGCCAAGUGAAGUGAGUAGCUAGUGAUGGAGUGGAACUGUCCAUUUUCGAAGCACAUUUCGCAUUUCUUGGUCAGAAUUUAUUACUAGUUAGGAAUCACAUAGAGGACUCUUGCCUGAUUGGUACUUCUGAUAGUUUUGAGCAAAUCCAUCCAAACAAGCAUCAUCUACUAGUGGUGGUAGCAGCUAAUUUUGUGUCUCUUUUGUCGCUUGCAUUAAUACCGAAUCUAUCAAUCAAGCAAUCAAUCACCUGUUGAUUGCAGUAGCAGUCACCCAGUCAGUUCAAUCCUUAAUCAUAGGCAUUAGAUCACGAAAACCAGUUGUUAGGAUUGCGAUGCUCAUCAUGCCACUCUCUUCACUUCUUUGUUCGCUGGAGUGAUUAACUGGUUAUCACUUUUUUUGUUUUUAGAGUUAAUUUC